GUUAUUGUUUACUACACAAUGUCAUUCUAAUAGAAGUUUUAAGAUUUCCCCAUUUACAAACAUUACAAAAACAAGAAAGAAUCGAAAAUAAGGGGUUCUGCCAACGACGCUAAUAACGUUUUAAUUCAUUGGAUAGUCAUUUAGUUAAAAAAUUAAAACUUCCAACAGUGCAAAGCCUGGGCAGACUUCCAGGCUUUUUUAUAAUACAUUACAUCAACUGAAACCUACUGUAGCGGUGUUGGAUAGAACAUCUAUGUCUCAAAAUAAUCAUAAUUGAAGGUUUUUAUGUUCAGAAAAAUUACGAUAAAAUCUAUCGCUUUAAAAGUCUGAUGUCUAUUUUUACAUGUAAAGGAGUGAUGAGCCAAUGAACCGUAUUGCAUUAAAUUACUCAUACAUACUGUUUUACGCUUCCUUUUAUUGCUGCAAACCGAAAAACAAAUGUAAUAGCCAUUAAAGGUAAUCAUAAUACCAGUUACUUGAAGGUAAACCAAACGCAAGUCUUCCCUAUACUUAGCAAUGCUGACUGCAGUUCGUGUGCGCAUGCGCAGACGUGUCUGUCUACUCUGAGCAGGUCGCGAACUCUGACCUCCUGUAGCAGCACCGAGCCGUCGGAUUGUGAUUAUUUAUCAAAACAACACAGUAUUUGGAUAAUAUUACACGCUGUUAGGGUGAAUGUGUGGCCGAUGGGGCACAGGGUCUGAGACACACCUUUGAGAUUUUGGCAUCAUGGAGGGAGAAAGUCCCAGAAUUCAGCUGGUGUCUGCAGAUGGAGGCCUACAGAUUGUGUCAGACCAGCCGCUGGCUCCAAAAGUGCAGAUACUCACAGCCAUUGAUCAGGCUGGAGCUGGCAAACAGCAGUUCAUAUUAGCCAACCUGGACUACCCUAACCAGGACAAGCUGUUCAUAAAACAGGAGAACUCACCUGCCAAAGUCUUCUUAACCUCUGCAGACGGUUCAGGUGUCAAUCAACUGCUUUUCACAUCACCUGAGCUGACCGGACAGCAGAUACAGUUUGUGACAGACGGUUCAGAGCAGGGCACCGUAAAGGCUCCAGUGGAGUAUUGUGUAGUUUGUGGAGACAAAGCCUCAGGUCGACACUAUGGCGCAGUGAGUUGUGAGGGCUGUAAGGGUUUCUUCAAGCGCAGCAUCAGGAAGAAUCUGGUGUACACGUGUCGGGGGUCCGGAGAGUGUGUCAUUAACAAACAUCAUCGGAACCGAUGCCAGUACUGCAGACUGCAGCGUUGCAUGGCUCUCGGCAUGAAACAAGACUCUGUUCAGUGUGAGAGAAAGCCAGUGGAAGUGUCAAGAGAGAAGCCAGCCAACUGCGCGCCCUCCAUCGAAAAGAUCUACAUCCGCAAAAACCUCUGCAGCCCUCUCGCCGCCAUGCCAACGUUUGUUAGCGACAAAGAGACCCCCAGACCCACCAGUUUACUGGACUCCAACAUGCUCUUGAACAUCCAGCAGUCUCUAUCUAAACUUGACAAUACUGUUUUAAUCCCGUCUUCACCCGAUCAGAAUGAUUGCAGUCAGGGUGAUCUGGGAACCCUGGCCAACGUGGUCACAUCUCUCGGUCACCUCAGCAAAUGUCGUGAGGCGAUGGACAUCAGUACAGACCUAUCAGGGAUGGAGACCAUGAGCAACGAUGACAGCGUCAUGACCGACAUUCAGCGAGACGAGCACAAUGACGUCACACGGGCAUUAGACACGCUAACAAAAGUGCUUCAGCCGGAGGACGGCUGUGGGCAAGAUCCUCUCGACGGGAUUGUUGCUGUUAAAGUUGAUGACCAAACAACCGCCUUGCUGGAACUCGAAGGACCACUGCUUUCAGAUAUUCACGUGCCCUUUAAGCUAAUGAUGCCAACCCCCAUGCCAGACUUCUUAAAUCUGAACUACAUCUGUGAAUCAGCAUCUCGACUGCUUUUCCUCUCAAUGCAUUGGGCACGCUCCAUUCCUGCUUUCCAGGCCCUUGGCUCGGAGAACAGCAUUACCCUGAUGAAGGCCUGCUGGAAUGAAUUGUUUGCCUUAAGUCUGGCUCAGUGUUCACACAUAAUGAAUGUAGAGACCAUCCUUACGGCCAUAAUCAACCACUUGCAGACCAGUCUGGACGAAGAAAAACUUUCUCAAGAGAGGGCUAAGCAAGUCAUGGAGCACAUCUGGCGCAUGCAGGAGUUUUGUAACAGUAUGAACCGCAUGAGCCCUGACGCCUAUGAGUAUGCUUACCUCAAAGCCGUGGUGCUUUUCAGCCCAGAUCACUCUGGAGUGGAUGGCACUAUUCAAAUUGAACGCUUUCACGAGAAAGCUUACAUGGAACUGCAAGACUACGUGAGCAAAGUGUACCCAGAGGACACAUAUCGUCUAUCGAAGCUGUUAGUGCGUCUUCCUGCCCUGCGGUUGAUGAGCGCAGCUGUGACCGAAGAGCUCUUUUUCACCGGCCUCAUCGGGAAUGUUCAGAUCGACAGCAUCAUUCCCUACAUACUCAAAAUGGAGUCCACAGAUUACAAUAGCCAAUCACUUAGCACCAUCGAGUGAAUGAAGCCCUGCCCACAGCCACACAUCUCUUGAUGUCAAGAUGUCAUUGACUGAGAAACAGAACCCUGUCCGUUUACUCACUCAGACCCUCAGAGCCAAAACAGCAGUCUGUAUGAUAUAAUCAUAAGAACGAAUGCGGGCAUCAUUUUAUGACAUUGCUUUUUUAUUUUGUCAGUGUAUGGAAUGUGUCUUAUGGGUUUGUGUAUUACUGAUUAUGUGGGUAACAGCUACUUUUGCCGUUGGAUGUUUUGGCUUUUAUUUUAUUAUGUAGGCUACCUAUGUUUAGAAAAGUGUCUGUAAGACGCAAGAAGUGCAAGGCACUUGCCAUCCCAUCCCCCACACCCCCGCAAGCACUGACUUUCUCUGUAAGUAUAUGAAUUGUGUAUAUAGGAAUAAUAAAUGUCAAAUUAAGGGAA